GACGCUCUGCGCUGGCGGUGGAAAGCCCGGGUCCAUGCGGCACUUCUGGGUCACGGAUCAGCGGGCGGCUCGGUUCCAGAUCAUGUGGCUGCUCGUGUGCUCCUUCAUGGCGGUGCUGAGCGCUGAGAACUACGCCACACAGGCCCAGGUGAUGUCCUCCAGAGCCCUGAGGACCUCAAACACACGCAGCAGUGUAACAGACAGCAAUCGCCUCACAGACUUGUACCGGAAGGAAGAGGUCAUAAUGGUCAACGGAGGAGGUCACGUCCAGAGCCCGCGCUUCCCCAGCUCUUACCCCCGAAACCUGCUGUUGUCAUGGAAACUGCUCUCGCCGCCACACACGCGCAUCCUGCUGGAAUUCGAUGCUCAGUUUGGACUGGAGGAGGCGGAGCAUGGAGUCUGCAGGUAUGAUUAUGUGGAAGUUGAGGAUAUUUCUGAAACCAGCACCAUCAUCUGGGGCCGCUGGUGUGGUCAAAGAGCUCCGUCACGGAUCAUAUCCAAAACAAACCUCAUCAAAAUCACCUUUAAAUCAGACGAUUACUUCGUAGCAAAACCAGGAUUCAAAAUCUGCUAUUCACUGCUGUCUGGGUCUGUUUUUCAGGACAAUGCACCUCUCGCUUCUCUGACCAACUGGGAAGCAGUUACAGUGAUGUCAGAUUUUAGGGAGGUUUCUGGGACGGACACACCGCUGUCUGCGAGCGCGCUGGACCACGACAUCGCCAGCGUCAGCACAGUGGAGGAGUUACUGAGACACAUGAACCCCUUCACCUGGGAGGAAGACCUGGAGCAGCUCUACACACACACACACACACACUACUACAGACCACGAGCUUUCCACAGCGACCGCAGACACAAGCUUGACCUCGACCUUCUCUAUGAUGAUGUGAAGCAGUACAGCUGCACUCCGCGCAAUUUCUCGGUGAAUCUCCGCGAGGAGCUGAAGACGACCAACGCCGUGUUUUUCCCACGAUGCCUUCUGGUGCAGCGCUGCGGGGGAAACUGCGCCUGUGGCACCGACAACUGGAACUCCUGCAGCUGCAGCGCCGGAAAAACCGUCAAGAAACUACACGAGGUGCUGAAGUUUUCUCCAGGUCCGAAUUUCUACAGGAUGAAAACACGAGCUCACUGGGUUCUGGAGGAGAUUUACCUGCAGCAUCAUGAGAGAUGUGACUGUGUGUGUCAGUCCAGACCGCCGCGAUGAACACACACACACACACACACUCGUCUGUAGUUUUCUGUCCAGCGUUGGGAGACUCUCGGUCAAGUAGCUUUUGUAUCUGUUUUCAUGGUUUAGAUGUUAUUGUGUCCAGUAAACUCACCAGUGGAAUGUAAAUGAAUAUUAAUGAGGCGUUUGCUCUCUGAGACCAAUCAGAAGUCGGAGUUCCCUGAGGGGGUGGAUCCUUCACCGAUCUGAUCCAAUCCAGUGUUAUUUAUUAAAAGAACUGUCUUUUUUGUCUUUUUAUAUCUGUGAUCAAUGCUGUUGUAUGUGGCUUUUGUUUUCAUAUUCUCUUUCUUGUCUGAGCAGAUAUUUUUAUAAAUCUCAUUAAAAUGCUAAUUUCAUCACAAAAGUAAAAGAAAUAAACCUUGAUUAAAAAAAGACUA